AUGGCGUCCUAUCUCUCCUACUUCACCUCGAAUUCGUCGACCCCACAGCCCACGUCCCAGGGCGCAGGCACUCCCGGCGCAACAUCGACAUGGUCGAGCACAUUUUCCUCACGAUUUGCGACCCUGCGUAAGGCUCUGACGACUCGAGACUCUGAAGAAGACGAUCCGGACCACGAAGAUUGUUCACACAUUUCGAAUGUCUUGCGAGCAUACUACACAGAAAAGGGACGGCCCUUUCCCGAGUGGCUGCCACCUGAUCCCAAAAAGCCCGUUGCUGCACCUCCUCCUCAGCCGCAGGGUUCCUACGGGCAAUAUGGCAAUACAUACGGGUCUCAGUACGGGGUCCAGCAAACACACUCGAGAGGUCCAUCUGGGGGCCGCGGCGGCGGACUGUCGGAUCUGUGGGAUCCUGCUCCUGCCCCGGCGGCCCCUCCUGCUCAGAGUCUGCGGGCUGGUCGACCAACGCCGCACUCUUUGCGUUCGAAUGAUUCUGCGCGGUCGCAGUCAAGCAACAGUGGCGGAACGACGUCUGUGACACAACCCAGCCCCAGCGCCCGCCCUCUCCCAAGCCAAAGGGCUGGAAGCUACCAGACCAAUCCCGCCACCAACGCUGCCGCGCUGGGAUCUCGUGAUCGGCUGCGCGCUCGGUUACAGGGCGGAGGGAGCGGACGAAACAGUCCAUCCGGUGGUAUGAGCAGUGGGGGAGGCGGCAGUCAGGCGUCUUAUGGUCCUUCGGGCGGAAAUUUGACUCAUCAACCGCCAUCUCGGAGCGGGUCUUCUCAGCCCUACAUUUCAGCCUCAGAGCCUUGGUCGACGGGUGGAGAGGAUCCUUAUGCGUACAACUACAGUAGCGGUGGAGGUUCUUCCAACCCGUAUGGUAACCAGGACUAUCGCCAGCGACCCGGAGGCCCCAGGUGA